AUGCAACAACAAAUUCUUCAACAGAGUGAGUCCCGAAUGAAGAAGACAGUUGAAGCGACAGUGACGAAAUUGUCACAUGUGCAAACAGGCCGUGCUGCACCGACGCUCUUGGAUCAGGUUAGCGUUACGUAUUACGGUAGCAAAAGUCCGCUGAGUCAGGUCGGCACGAUUACUACCCCUGAACCGCGACUGCUUGUCAUUCAACCUUGGGACAAAACGCUAAUUACAGAAAUUGAGAAAGCGAUCGCCCACUCAGAUUUAGGACUUUCAACGAGCAACGAUGGAAACGUUAUCCGAAUCCAAGUACCCGAACUCACAUUGGAGCGCAGGACCGAGUUAGCCAAGGUCGUACGUAAACUCGCCGAAGAGGGUAAGGUUGCUAUUCGGAAUAUACGCCGCGAUGCUAACGAAGCCAUCAAGAAAGUUGAUAGUGGCGAUGCAGGUGGUGGCGCUAAAAGUAGAGGUCGUGGUGGCGAUAAGAAACGUGGGCAAGCGACUGCUGAUCCGGUUCAGCAGCUUACGGAUAGAUACAUCGACCAGAUUGACGAGUUGACGGAGGCGAAAGAAUCCGAAUUAUUAGAAACUUAG